AUGUCGAAACAGGACAGCUUGGUUCAGGCCGAGGCCGCUGAGGAUGAACUCGAUGAUUGGGAUCAACGGAUCUUCAGCACGGGCUGUUCGGAAGAGCAACUGCGCAUGAACGAUUGCUAUUAUGAGAAGAAAGACUGGAGAGCUUGCAAGGCCGAAAUUUGUUGGUCCUCGGCAUCCAGACGCCGCUGUCUAGUUGCGGAACAGCAGGCUGACGAGGUAUAUCAGAUGGAGGCUUUCAGACAGUGUUGGAAGCGGAAGGGGAAUGAAGAGCGUACACAAAGCAAGGACGUUCCCUCGAGUGAAAAGUAG